AUGAACCAUGACUCCAUGCCGACGCCGGCACCUCCGGUGUCGCAGUCGCGAAACGACAACGAAAGCCACAAUGACAACCACCACGCCAGCGACUCAGAACCCCAGAGCGACGAUCAACGCAGUUAUGCCGAGACCUCCCGAUCCCGUCGCCGCCGUCGGCGGACCAGAAGGUCGGGCUCGGCCCUAUCCAAGAAGCUCGAGUUUAUAACACACCUCCUCACGAGCCUAGACAGCUUGUUCUUCCUCGAGAUCGGAACCUUGUAUUACCUAGAAUGUUCAUUUCUUCGUUUCCUCCUCCGCGCCCUCUCCCACUACGCCUUCCUAACUCCAAAGCCUGAAUCGUUUCCGAUCGCGUUGCCGGCUUAUCCUGCGCAUGUAUUCUCGAUUCUUUUCCCAAACGUCGUGUGCAUACUCUGCCACAUCUUCAUGACCCUGCCUAAAGGAACCGAGGCCUCACGUGGGUUCCUUCAUGGUGGCAUCGUGAUUGAUUUCAUAGGGCAAACGCCCCCAAGGUCAAGGCUAAUACUUCUCGCCUUCGACGCGUUUAUUCUGGCGAUACAAUCCCUGAUGCUAGCUGUUCACUCUCAGCGAGAGGCUCUGAGGGGCGCCGUAAAGCCCAACCGCGGAAGCAUUGACUUCCUCCCGGAACUACGCCGGCAGCUUCGGCUGCAGACCCUAGAUGGAGAAGAACGGCGGGAACGCCGGAGGCGACGGAGGCGACGGCGACGAGAAAGGAGAGAUUCGAAUGCGAAUACUCCUUACCAGGACGUAGAAAUGGGUGCUGUGCUAGACAAUAUGGAAGAGACCAAUUACACGGAUGAGGAUGAUGAGACGACUAGCCUCAUCUCGGAACCUGCGAUGUCUUCUAAUUCUGGCCGGCAGCUGUCUGAAAUAUAUGCAUCUGGAACUGCUAUGAUAGGCGAGUUUCACCUCUUGCAGAGCAUACGCCUGGCAAGUACAGAUUAUAGCGCCGCCGCUGCUCACUCUAUCAGGACGCUGGGCUACACGGCGUCUCUCGCCACGCUGCUGGCGCGAGAAAGAAAUGCAAGAACAACUGGGCGCUAG